AGUCGCGGCCGUGUCCGAUCGAACUGCGCUCGGUGCUAAUAAAACCUCGCAGCACCAUCGAUCCAUUUCAAUCAUAAUGUUUCCUUAGACAUAGUGUAAUCGUUUGCCGGCUUUCUUAAAAAGAUUGCUUGAAUCUUUCGUAUUUGUCAUCAAGUAACUUAUGCGUUUACACAAAACAUUUGUACAGUUUUGCAAGGCGACGGUGAAAGUUUAAACAGAAGUUAGAUUUUUAAUACUCUUAGCGAAAUAAAUAUUUACAAAACAAUAUGAAGGAUAAAAAAAUAAGCGAUGGCGCCCACGAAUCCAUGCUCACAGACGACAUCAAACCACAGAUUACGAGUAAAAAUUCAAGCAAAGAGGAUGAUGAGUACGAGGCCCUACAGAGCUUUCUUCGCAGCAUCAGUUCCACUGCCACUCUACCGCCUUAUGUAAAGGGAGAGACGUACUCUUCUGUUCGAGGCGUCCUUAAUCAGUGUCUAAUAACAUGCGCCGUCCUAAUAUUAGCGGCGGGUGCGGGGCAUCCGAUCGGCUUCUCAGCUGUGGCUCUACCACAGCUACGAACAGAAAACACCACAAUGAAAAUAGACGACGAAAUGGGAUCUUGGAUAGCCAGUAUCCAUUCUGCGGCGACGCCUCUUGGGUCUAUGCUAUCAGGGCCUAUUAUGGAGGCGAUAGGGCGGCGGCGGACACUACAGAUGUGCGUGUUGCCCCUGAUCGUCGGUUGGGUGAUCAUCGGCACGGCUGUGCACCACGCUGUCCUGCUGCUCGGCAGGAUAGCUUGCGGAUUUGCAGUCGGCAUUAUGGCCGCGCCGUCGCAGGUGUACUUAGGAGAAAUCUCAGAACCAAGACUGCGAGGUCUACUGAUUGGAACGCCGUUCGUAGCAUACUCUUUGGGCGUACUUUAUGUAUAUGCAUUGGGUGGAGCGCUACCUUGGCGGGUUGUUGCGUAUCUGUCCAUACUACUGCCGGUCCUAGCGUUUAUAGCGCUUUGCUUCUCACCCGAAAGUCCCACUUGGCUGGCUCGUCGAGGUCGCUUCCAUGAUGCUAUGGCAGCGAUGUCUAGACUCCGUGGCAACCCUGAAAUUGCUCAACGGGAACUACAUGAACUGAUAUCAGCCCGUGAAAAGGAAAAAGCUAGAGGUGAAGAGCAUCUCAGAUUUUUCGCGACGGUGAGACGAGCUCCCGUUAUGAAGCCACUGUUGCUUAUCAACGCCUUCAACAUCCUACAGAUACUAUCUGGGAGCUACGUGGUCAUAUUUUACGCCGUAGACAUUGUUAAGGACGCCGGUGGAUCACUGGAAUCUAACAUGGCAGCCAACGCUAGUGCCUUAGUCAGACUCGGAGUCACAGUAAUCGCUUGUAUAAUGCUACUUAAAAUCACUCGGCGUGCGCUCGUAAUGAUAUCUGGGGCUGGUACAGCAUUUACUACGCUUAUUCUCGCCUUCAUACUAUCACAAGAAAAGGGUACCGGUUUCCUACCGCCCACUCUCAUCCUCAGCUACGUCGCCUUCAACACAUUAGGUUUCUUUCUCCUCCCCGGCCUCAUGAUAGGUGAAUUACUCCCCACCAAAAUACGAGGGCUCUGCGGAGGAUACAUCUUCUGCCUUUUCAACACUGUCUUAUUUGGAUUUACUAAGCUUUAUCCAGUAAUGAAAAACGCUAUUGGCAUGGCGGGAGUGUUCGGUUUGUUUGGAGCAUCGUCUACACUCGCUACAGUAGUUCUGUACUUAAUGCUACCAGAAACUAAAGGAAAAUCCUUACUACAAAUAGAACAGUAUUAUCAAAAGCCCAACAUACUCUGGGUGACACGUAAGAAAGCAGAAGAAAGAAAUGCCGUAUGAAGAUUGCUUGCAACAUAAGCACGUGUAAUAAUACGACGCUAAUGUUAGCCAUGAACAAAAAAUAUAUAAACGAUACCGGAGAAACGAACUGAAUGUCUUGGCGUGGACAUCUCCGAGCCCCGAGUUCGAGCCC